CACAUGAAAACUUCGGACCUUGCUGGACACAGAAGUGCAGCGAGAAGUAGACAGAGGACUACUUCGAGGACCUGGGGACCGGUUGGAGGUGAAAGAUUGAAGAGAGAGCUCUGCUUCAUCAACUUUCUGACAACAAAGAGGUGACACGUAGUGCAGAAGCAGCAUGGGAGGUGGAGAGAGAUAUAACAUUCCAGUUUCCCACCCUGAGCGCCCUUUGCCAAAGAAGAACCAUCAACUUGGCCGGGCUAAGCAGAGAAGCCGUGACCAGAACGGAGUAGCAGCUUCUGCAGGAGGGGCAGGUGGCCUUCAUCAUCACGGUCACCGCCGAAGUGACAAAGGCGUUGCAUACCACAGGUCUCCGGAGGCGCGGCAGGCCGCGUCUGCAGAGAAGAAUGCUUCUGUCCGCUUUGCCACCUAUGAUCAGAACUGGGAGGGUGCAGUGUCUCACCUCAACACGCUCCUGGCAACACAGGGAAGUCCAAGCUACGCAGGGCCUAAGUUCAGCGAGCCACCCUCGCCCAGCGUGUUGCCCAAACCCCCCAGCCACUGGGUGUCCUUCCCAAUAGGCUCCUGUGACAACAGGGAGAUGAUGGCCUUCCAGCUCAAGAGCCUCCUCAAGGUGCAAGCCUGAGAGGGAUACCCACACUCGAUUGAAAAGCCAAUGUAUGAACUGGGACUCUUCAGAGGGCACCCACUCACCCACCAGGAACACCUCAGUGCUGUAAUACUUUUUAGCUGUUUUUAGAUCGACCUCUUUUGGUGUAGAGAGCAUUUGCAGUAAUGUUGACUGUAAAUGUUUAUUCAACACUCAAUUUUUUAAACCAAUGUUUCAAAAUAUUACAGCCUUGAAGUCUUGCUGGUCGGUAAUGCCUUCAGCGGAGUCAGUUUCUGUGACUAAUGAUGAACUGGAUAUCCUUUCUACUUCUGUUUUGUUAUUUUUAUUGUUGGCUGUCAAAAGCAGAUUGAGUGUGCUUUGCCACCACAAACAAGGGUUAUAGGAUAGGUCAGGUAACUUCCCAUCACUUUUACGGUCCAUUUCUGUGGACAGACAUGCUUUUUCAUUUCACAAGUUUUAUGAUGAGCCUUUGGGGUCACCUCUAAAGCUUCAGGUGCUAAAGCAAAAUCACAUUUGUAGCAUAUUUUUUGACUAGGGCCCGCCUUUUCAUUUGUAUAUGACAAUCCUUGUUUGGGAUGGGAAAAGACACUCGACUGCAAUUCUGCAGGGAAAGAAGCUAUCUUACUGGAGGUCAAAAGUAUAACCUCAAACUGAAGGGUAAAAAGAGACCAUGGCACACGGGCCUUGGACUGUCAACUCCUGUACCUUUUUUAUUGCGCUGUGCGCACAUGCACUAUAGGAGUUGAGCUGGUCCUCGGCCUACAACACUCUAUCAUAGCAUUAUUUUGUACAAGUCCUUGAUUGUUGUGGUUGAAAGAUGUAUGAAGUGUUUGUAACCAAAGCAAUGUUUUUGCUGUGUUUUUUUUUUUCUCCUUUUUUGGACAAAUGUGGUCGGCUCUUUUGCCAUUGCCACUAACCUUGCCAGCCCGAGUGGUGAAUGGGUCUGAGCCCCCAGGGUCACUUCUAGCUGUUCAUCUGUUCCAAUCAGUACUGUUAUGCUCCCCAGUCUCAGCCUUUUCAGGACAGAGCUGCAGCUUUAACACGCGGAAGAGGGCCUGGCUUAGUUGUGGGACUGUUGAGUUUCACUUUCUAAGCCAUGUGACGUGGUCCUGUUGGCUGCAUGCAUUUGUAAGCAGUGUAAGGCAGAGCUGAGGACGCUUUCUGAAUCGAAGUGGCCCCAGGGACUCAACAUGAGGCAGCAGGCUGGUGUUUAUGUUUACAAAGUAGGUCGUGGUGGUUGACCAUCCCAUAAUCAACAGACACUCUCUGCCUCUUGCCUCUGCCUCUUGUUUACCCUCUUGCACUGCAAUCAGACUAGUUUUGAAUAAGUUACAGGCCAGGAUGCUAUUGAAAUGAUGGAGGCGUAAUUGACUAUCUCCCUAUGGAUUCUCUAUUUUUGUGAUUCAAUCCUCUGUUGAGGCUCUUUUUGCUUUCCCCUUGCAGAAUUGUUGGUGUUUAUAGCCAGCCUAAAGAUGACAAAACAAAGUAUGAGAGCUUGUUAAUGUGUUCAAGAGCCAUGUAAAUAAUGAAAUAAUGAAAUGUAUAAAGUACUUGUAGCAUAUGUACAUUUGCAGGCCGAGUUUGAGGCCUGUAUGACAAAAGUAUUUUUAGUAAUAACACUGAAUGUAUAAGACAUGCUAAGGACAUGUCUUGACUUCAAUACUGAAGAAUAUUUUUGUUAAAAAAACUGCCUAUAGCAUUUCUCAGUACCCCUGCACUGUUAUCUUUCCAGAGAUCUUGCACAUGUUUUUUAUUGUUUUGUAUUAUGCAGUGUAGGGUGAAAUAUGCAUAGUGCAAAUGACAUAAAACUGCAAACACAAUUGGAUCCUAGAGGAGACUUGCCCAUGUAUGAAUUCAAGUUCUGAAUGUGCUUACAGUCUGUAAGCGUGAUGCUUUUAAUCUUGAGUUGACCUGUUUGUGCCUAAGUUGAAAUCCAUGCUGAAACUGAAUAUUUUCAUUAGGUGGCAAUGCCACAAAUUGACCAAAUGUUGUUGUUUUUGUUUUUUUUUUUAAACCAGAACCAUCUUCAGUUCUCAGCUGUUCUUCCGCCAGCUGACAACUGAACUUGGCCCCAUGCUGUUUAAGUUCUACGUUCAAAGGGUUCAUGUUAACAUUUUCUUUCUUGCUGUGAUUGAAUUGUGCAUGGCAGUCUCCUGUAUUCAAAAUUUUAAACAUGUAACGAAUUGGCUGUUAAUUUGUCCCCCCUGAUGAAAUGUCACCGAAGAUAAAAUGAAAAUGCCCUGUUAAUGAUUGGUAUGAAUUGGAUGUUUAAAAAAAGGCAAAUGUAAAAGAAUGCACUGAAUUGAUGACAAAUUUUUACAAAAAGAAAAAAUAAAUCCCUUUCCCCUCCCCCUA